AGCCGCCCCGCCUCCUACUCCUCCCGUCUGGCGCCGCCCCGCCUCGUCCUCCUCCCGUCCAGAGCCGCCACGCCUUCUACACCUCCCGUCCGGCGCCGCACCGCAUCUCCCCCUGCGCACCUCUGACCUGCAGCGCCGCCCAGCGACGGCCCCGACCCCGCCCUGCUCCAGCAAUGGACACUGCCCCGCCAUGCGCCCCACCCAUCCAUCGUCCCGCCUCGGCCUGAUCCAUCGGGCGCCAAAUCUGCACCAGCGAUCGGAUGAGCCGCCUCCCCUGCACCUGUGCAUCCGGAUCCAGCCGGGCUGCCCUCGCGAUUGUCGGCCCCCCAGGUGGACUCGAGGUCGAGCGCCGUCCUACGACGCCCCGCUGCCGCGGCGAGACCCAUCCGGCCGCCGCAACGCUGCCCCACCUCCUCCCCUUCUUCGCCCAGAUCCAAAAAGGGCACAUGGUGCAGCCCCCGCCUCCUCUGCCCUGGAUCCAUGGAGCCCGUUGUGUCACAAGAGGCCCCCUCUCCUCUGUCGCGAGCUUGGCCCAACCAUUACUCAGCCACACGCCGGUGCCUUCCUCCUCCAAGGACCCGAUGCCGGCGCCAGGUACAUCCUUCCUUUCUCGAUUUUACUUACUUCCCCUCGCCCUCUGACCUCUAAUGCAAGUUCCGGUCACAGGAGGCACCGGCGCGCGAGGGGCAGUAGUGUGCCUGUGCUCAACCUCCACAAAAACGCAAGAUACCGGCAAUCCCAGGAGCGUGCGAUGAUGUUCAACGGCGAUUGGGACGCCCAUGCAGUUCAGAAAGAGAUAAGUUGUUUUUUGUUGGAUUUUGGAUGGAGAUCUGAUGCCUCGUGCGGUCCAACUGCAGUGCGCAUUGCCGUUCACCCAUCCUCCUAGCCGCCUCUCCUAGCCGCCAGUGUGUGGGACGAUGCUGGAUGGGGGCCGGCGCAUCCGUGCGGGUGUGCAGUUUGCCAGCGUGGAACGUGUGGUACACUGGUUCCGGUGAUGUUGUUCGCCGGCGUACUCCCCUAUCCAACAGAGAGUGACAGUUUCGUUUGGCGAUGAUGUCUUUGUAGUUCUCUAGAUGUGUGUUGCAGUGCACUGAAUAAAAGGUUUUGUAUGGACAUGUUUGCUACAGUUUGUCACUCCGACGGGGAUAUCACAUGUAGUACACUUGGGCGGCGUUGGGAUUGCAUCCAGGAUUUGCAAAAAAAAAAGUGGUUCGAGCGGGCGGGCGGGCAUGCAGCCCUCUGCCUUGCAGGUCGUUUGGCUCUGGCUGGGUCAAUGGAACUGGACCCAGAACCUAGGAAGAAUUUGAUUCCAUUUUUGUUUGAGGAGUUUUUAUGUAAACUUGGACAGUAAAUUUGUGUAACUAUAAAAAAGAACAUUGCAGUUCUCUCGACUC